AUGAUUAAUAAUCACCCUUGUACAUUAUAAUCAGAAUGUGUUUCACUCUAUAAUUGCAUAGAUGGAAUAUGCACUCAUAAGAACUUCUUUCCUCCCACCUUUUCUGAAUCAAUAGGUAUGCUUAGCAUAGCCAUUUUUACAGGAUUUGCAUCCCUAGCAGGUAUAACAAUGAAUGACAACAUAUAUUAGGGAUUGGAGGAGGUGGUGUCGUAGUUUCUUUAAUGACUAUGUUUUUUAACUAUUCAUAGAAAGAAGCUUUGUUGGGAGUCUUUUUACCUAUUUUUGGAGCUGCUUUAGGAAAUUUCCUAAAUCUCGCUUAGCAAUUAGAUCCGUAAACUAAAACUCCAGUUGUUAAGAUGAGAAGUGCCAUAGUAGCUUGUCCUGCAAUGAUAAUAGGUAGUAUGGUAGGUCUUAUUCUUAAUAAGAUACUACCUGCAUUCUUUUUAAUAUCUAUUUUGCAAUACUUUUUAUUUCUUUCAUGUUAAAAGUUUUAUAAAACUGCUCUUAAGGAAUGGAAUAAUGAAAAUCAACGAAAAUUAAAUUAGAAUUCAGUAGAAAUACCUAUACUUAAUAAAUUAUCUGAAGAAAAGCAAUUACCUCUGCAGAAUACUUCAUUAAAAGAGAAUUUGGAUCUUAUUGUAGCUAUCUGUGUCAUUGUUAUAACUGUACUUUUAGGGUUUUUUCUUAGAGGAUCUGCAAAUUUUUAAUCAAUUAUUGGAAUAUCUUAUUGUGGAUUCUUUUAUUGGAUGAUCACAUUUGGUUUGGUUGUCAUAUUAUAUUAUUAUUUUGAUUACAUCUUUGAUAGAUUUUAAAAAGAAGAGUUAAAACCAUUAAAAAAAGAAUGUUUAAGAGAUUCAUUUAAAGCUGGUAUAUUCAAUGGAUUUGGUUUAGGAGGUGGGAUGAUUUUGAUACCUAUGUAUUUGGGAAUGGGGUUUACAACAAUUCAAAGUACAGGAACAUCAUCAUUUAAUGUUUUACUAAGUUCAUUUUAAGUUGCAGCGCAAGUGAUUAUUUUAGGUUAUAUGGGGACUCUUUAAGCAUUUUCCUUGUUUACAAUGACUGUUAUUGGAUGCUAUUUCUCAAGCUCAUUCAUUUUUAAUAAUUUAAAGAAAAGAGAUAGAUUAUCAUUGAUUAUGUGGGGAUUAGUAGGGUUUGUUAUUUUUGCAAUGGUUAAUUUGGCAAUAUAAUUUCUUUAGAAGUGGUCUCAUAAUGGUUAUUAAAUAUUUGAAUUAUUUGCAUUCUAAAGUAUUUGUUGA